CAAAACGGUCACUGAAGGAGGCGGUUCGAGCUCAGGGGGCGAGGCUAACUGACAGGCGUCCCCAGCUUCCUUAGACCUGAGUAGCUGAAUCUCACAACAGCGCUGCAGUCAUGUGUGGAAUAUUUGCUUAUCUCAACUACCAUGUGCCAAGGACACGCCGAGACAUCCUUGAGAUCCUCCUUAAAGGUCUUAGACGCCUGGAAUACAGAGGCUACGACUCGGCAGGUGUCGGCAUCGAUGGAGACGACAGCAAGGACUGGGAGACAAAUGCCAAGACUAUCAAGCUGAUCAAGCAGCGUGGAAAAGUUAAGGCACUCGAUGAGGAGAUUCACAAGCAGCAAGAUCUUGACCUGGAUGUGGAAAUUGAUGUUCACAUUGGCAUCGCUCACACCCGCUGGGCAACACACGGCGUUCCCAGCCCUGUCAACAGUCAUCCACAAAGAUCAGACAAGAACAAUGAGUUCAUUGUGAUUCACAAUGGGAUUAUUACCAACUACAAGGACCUGAAGAAGUUUCUGGAGAGCAAAGGCUAUGAAUUUGAGUCAGAGACAGACACUGAGACCAUUGCCAAGCUGGUGAAGUACAUGUAUGACAAUCGGGAAAGUGAUGACAUCAACUUUGCCACACUGGUAGAGCGUGUGAUCCAGCAGCUGGAAGGAGCUUUUGCCCUGGUUUUCAAGAGUGUCCAUUACCCCGGAGAGGCAGUUGGCACAAGGAGGGGAAGUCCUCUCCUGAUGGGAGUGCGCAGUGAUCACAAGCUGUCCACCGAUCAUAUUCCAGUGCUCUACCGCUCCUCUGGAAAAGAGAAAAAGAGCUGCAGUUCCAUGCCGAGGACAGACCAGGACACUUGCCUGUUCCCAUUGGAUGAGAAAGCUGUGGAGUACUACUUUGCAUCUGACGCAAGCGCUGUAAUUGAGCACACAAACCGGGUGAUCUUCUUGGAGGAUGACGAUGUUGCUGCCGUGAUGGAAGGCCGACUGUCCAUCCACAGGAUAAAGCGCAGGGUGGGGGACUACCCGGCCCGCGCCAUCCAGACUCUGCAGAUGGAGCUACAGCAGAUUAUGAAGGGCAACUACAGCUCCUUCAUGCAGAAGGAGAUCUUUGAGCAGCCGGAGUCUGUGGUGAAUACCAUGAGAGGAAGAAUCAACUUUGACAACAACACAGUUAUACUGGGUGGACUGAAGGAUCACAUCAAAGAAAUCCAAAGAUGUCGGCGACUAAUCCUUAUUGCUUGUGGCACCAGCUACCAUGCUGGAGUAGCUACCCGCCAGGUUCUGGAGGAGCUUACCGAGCUGCCCGUCAUGGUAGAACUGGCAAGCGAUUUCUUGGACAGAAACACCCCGGUCUUCCGAGACGAUGUCUGCUUUUUUAUCAGCCAGUCAGGGGAGACCGCCGACAGCCUCUUGGCUCUGCGCUACUGUAAGGAGAGAGGCGCGCUGACUGUUGGCGUCACCAACACGGUGGGGAGCUCCAUCUCCAGGGAGACAGACUGUGGAGUCCACAUUAAUGCUGGCCCAGAGAUUGGAGUAGCCAGCACCAAGGCCUACACCAGCCAGUUUGUGGCUCUGAUCAUGUUCGCGCUGUUGAUGUGCGAUGACAGAAUUUCCAUGCAGCCCAGACGCCGUGAAAUAAUCCAGGGCCUGAGAAUUCUUCCAGAUCUGAUAAAGGAGGUUCUCAGUUUGGAUGAUGAGAUCCAGAAGUUGGCGACCGAGCUGUACCAGCAGAAGAGCGUGCUGAUCAUGGGCAGAGGCUACCAUUAUGCAACAUGCUUGGAAGGAGCACUGAAAAUCAAGGAAAUUACCUACAUGCAUUCGGAGGGUAUCCUGGCAGGAGAGCUGAAGCACGGUCCAUUGGCUCUAGUAGACAAACUCAUGCCCGUUAUCAUGAUCAUCAUGAGAGACCACACCUACACCAAAUGCCAGAACGCCCUGCAGCAAGUCGUCGCACGUCAGGGUCGCCCCAUUUUGAUCUGUGACAAAGACGAUCACGAAACCAUCAAAAACUCUUCCCGCACCAUCAAAGUGCCUCACUGUGUGGACUGCCUGCAGGGCGUCCUGAGCGUUAUCCCUCUGCAGCUGCUGUCCUUCCACCUGGCUGUCCUCAGAGGAUUUGACGUGGACUGUCCACGAAACCUGGCCAAGUCGGUGACUGUAGAGUAACGGCCCCCCUCCAUCACCUGAUGACAGAAACCUGGCAGACACACGUUCAAACACUGACAUCAAGGGAGCAUCCGUAUAGAAAAGAGAAAACUACAUCUUGUUUGGGUUGUCACUUUUUUUUAUGCUUUUUUUUUUUUUAAUGCAACAUUUUAGGCGAGCCUUGUGAAUAUCACUGUCUCAUUUUAUUUUUGAUUCCUUAGAUUCUUUGGGCAUCCUUGUCAAAUUACUGUCAGUGAAGAUUUGUCUGGGCUGGCAUCUUCGUCAUAUUGUGUCGUUUUUUUAGAUUUUAGAUAUCGGUCAUUGGUGAGCAAAUGGUUACGGUUGUGUUUAGAAAGUUGUGAGCAAGUUUUGUUGCCAAUUGGUCUCUGCGGGAGCUGAUCUUUCAAGCUGUUGACUCCGAGUAGUUACUUUAAAGAGCUUCCUGGCUCAUUUUCUCUUUUUAGUGCAAUGAUUUGUAGGUUAGUUGGGAUAACUUUCCUUGGCAGCUAAUGAUUUAAAGCUCUUUACUCGAUUGCUGAAGUAAACCAUAGACUGGAAUCAUUCCAAGCCGUAGGUCAUCGCUUCAUAAUUGCAGCUCUGUUUUGUGUCCGUUUCCCAUCUCGGACUUUUCUUCUUCUUCUGAGGAUGUGGGAGUAGCACCGCGAGUUGAACUGUAGAAAAAUGCUUUUUUUCCCCCUCUCCCCUCCUUUUGUAUGUUACAGAUUCUCAUUAUGUAAUAGUGUGGAUACAAUAAUAUUUUCCUUUCUGUUGCCUUACUGAGAUCUUGUUACUGACUUUUGUUUUUAAUUGCAACUAAAUGAAGUGAUGAAAACGUGGCUUAUCUGAAGUUGAAGCUCUCCUGCCACCAUGACAGUGGCCAUUGCUUACGGGGACCAUUUUUUUUCUUUUCUCCUUUUUAAGUGAUUUUGUUUUAUUGUUAAAAUGCAGGGUACUUUAUUUUAUAAAGAGAAUGUUACUGAUUCAAAUAUCAAACCAAAAAUCUGUGUAACGGCUUUGAUGAUCACAAACCAAAACAUGUAUAUUUUAUGCUCAGCCACUGUGUUUUGUAGCAAAGCUGGGUUUUAAUGUAUGAAGACAUGUUUAGGCCUGUAAUGAAGACAGUUUACGUAGCGCAAUCAUCAUGUUGUGUUUACUGAUGCAGAACGUCAUACAUGCUUUAUGUGUUUGUGAGCCUUGGUGUUUUUGUUCUUUUUUUUUUUUUUCCUUCAAAUGCCUGGGAAAUAACGACACUCGCACAGUUCCAACAAGCAAUGAAGUAGAAAUGCAAACUUCAGGUUUGAAGAUAUUAUCACCUUUACAAUCAAGCCUUAACGGGUCCUGAGCCAGGAAAAAAAGGGGAUAGAAAACUGGAUUAUAUUGUUGCAGGUAAUUUUAUAACCCUUAUCUUUUUUUUCCCCUCUUUUUGCGAGAUGAAAUGACCACAGGGACGCUAUCAGAGCUGAUGCAAUAAAGUGUCUGAAUUUAUUUGGUUUAAAGAUGCAAUCCAGUGGUGCAAUUUUAUUUUAUGAAAUGUAAACUGACAAGCAGGAGGUUUAAGCUGAUAAAUCGACGUUUAUAAACUCGAUGUGAAUGAACCAAUUUCUGAGACAUUUAUGUCUCCGAAUAAAUGUAGAGUUAAACUGAAUGACCCGAGCCAUGACGGAUGCUAGUAUCCAUGGCAAAGCUGAAGGAUAGGCUGAUGAUUAUUUUUAGAAGUAUAACUGGUAUAAGUCAAUUGUGUUCCAUCUUAUUGUUUUUUGUGCGCAUCUGCCCUCUUAGAAUGAAUAAAUGCCAUAUUCUGCUUGUAUCACCUGA